ACAAAUCCUCCACUACAAAGUAGAAACCAUUCCUCUUCACUCUCAAGAGUCAGAAAAUGGCAGGACGUUCCUCCACCUCCGUCUUGCUUCUGGUUUCUCUGCUUCUUCUCCUCGCAUUCUCUCACGUAGCUGAGGCUUACAAAACGCUUCCUCAGUCAGCGUGCACACCGAGAUGUAAGAACCGUUGCUCGGCGACAUCACACAAGAAGCCGUGCAUGUUCUUCUGCGAGAAGUGCUGUGCCAAAUGCAAAUGUGUUCCUCCAGGCGUCGUUGGCAACAAGCAAAUGUGCCCUUGCUACAACAACUGGAAGACCCAGGAAGGACGACCCAAAUGCCCUUAAUUUAAAUAUAUUUUUAUCGGAAACAUCUUGGCUUUAUAUAGUUUCCUAGAUUAUUAUUAUUAAUAAGCCUGUCACCAUAUUUUUUGGUAUGUGACAGUUAUGGUUUAUAUUUUUAGUCUAAUACAUUAGGACGACCCUAAUGUUAAUUUAUGCCCUACUGUCCUAGUUUCUUUUAGGAUAGUAGCUAAUGCUCUUAAAGUUAAGCCCACAUUUGCUCUGUAGCCUUUUUUUCUUUCAAUUCGAUUUGUAAACUUCGAUUCGAAACUGAAAGAAUUUGGUAUCAAAGUCAUCGAAUCAAUCACCAUAUUGUGAGAUC